AUGAAAGCAUCUCUUGUAUGCAUACUAAUUCUGACUGUGGCUGCAACUGAUUUUGAAUCAUUCUAGCAAGCCUUAGAGUUUGAUCCAUAAACAUUGUCAGGAGACCACUGUGGAAAUGAUGAUUAGUUCACAUAAUAAUAUGAGGCGUUCUUACCAUGGAUUUAAUUACUUGAAGAAGGUGAAAUUGAAAUGUAAGAGGAUCACAGUGUACUUACUUAAGCCAGAGAUAAAAUUAAAUUAGUCAGAGAAUAUAUUUAAGAUUUGGAUGAAGAACUCGAGAAGGACUAAACCAACAAUAAUAACAAUGUUGUUGAAUAACCUACACAAUAACCUACCUAAUAGUCUACCUAACAACCUACUGGAUAAUCUGAACCAUAACCAGUUUAACCAGCAUAAGAAGUUUAAGAGGAUGAUGAAGAAGAAGAGAAUGAUGAUCCAUUUGGUUGGGGAGCAGGUGAAAUCCCAUAACAUUUAUUGGUUGAUAGCAAGAAAAAACAUAAUAAAAAUCUUAAGGGACAUGCUAAAGUCUUGUUGGAGGUUAUGAAUUAGAGCAAAUCACUUAAAUAUAAAAGCAAAAUCAAGAGAAUUGUUGCUAUGGCUACUUCAUUGGAUACUGACAUGGGAACAUAAGAUUUAUAAGAAAGAAAAAAUCGUAAAUUAGAACUCUGCGAUUUGAUCUUGGAUGAGUUAAUCAACAUGAUUGAAUUCUUAGAAAAAGUUAUGAAUGACUAUCAAUAUCAAUAAGAAGCCUAUGAUAUUUUUAAAAAGAAACAAGAAGAAAUAGUAGAAGUUGCUAAUGGAUGUGGAGCAAGAGUGAUCUCACUCUAAGACACUUAUUCAACCAGCUUUGUUUAGACUCAACCUUUAAAGAGAAACAAGAAAUAAAAUAAAGAACAAAAAAGAAAAAGAAAGCAUUGAAUGAUAAAUAAAUGAUACAUUUU